AUGGAGACCGCGGAGAGAUCGGAGAGCGGAGCCGGCGAGUGCGCGCGCUGCCGUCGCCUGCUGCCUGCGGCUCCCGGCGGCCAGACUCGGCGUGGGGACGCGGACUCCGGAUCUAUUAACUUCUGGAGACCGUGGGUUGACCGCCAAAGCAAGAAAGAGCAGGAGUCGCCGCAUUAUGCCGAGGAGGCGAUGUCGGAUAGCCCCGGUAAGAUUGAAGCCUGGGGAAAGCUUUCCCAAUACCGACAUCCAGUCAGACUAUUUUGGCCAAAAUCAAAGUGUUAUGAUUACUUAUAUCAAGAAGCAGAAGCGCUUCUGAAAAAAUUUCCAAUUCAAGCCACAAUUUCAUUUUAUGAAGAUUCUGAUAGUGAAGAUGAAAUUGAGGAGCUGACCUGUGAUUCUGAAAAUUAAUCUGAUUAGUUACUUUUGAUGACAUUCAAAGUUCGUAGGAUUUAAAUUUAGUGUACAAAUGUAUCA